AAUCAGGGUCUCUUGUCGACCACCAUGUCGACCACCUGCUAUCUCGACAUCAACAUCGGCGACCCUCAGCGAUAUAACGAUGACAACGCCAGGCGAUGGCAGCGGCGGAGAGGUGUCCCACACUGUCGUCAUCCAAAAAGCCGGUCUUCAAACAACUCCAUUCCACGGUAGUCUUGCAAUGGCCAACUCCGGAGGGAAAAACCCUGUCAACUCUUCUCCGUUCUUCGUUGGCCAAGCUUAAAGAAAGUACGUCAUAUUUGGGCGAGUCAAGGGCGGAGAUGAAGAUGGCGUCCAGGUAUUAGAGAGGUUGAACGUGGUCGGUAGUCGACCCGAAAGUAAAGAUGAGAGACCACUGGAAUCUGUAUGGAUUGGCGAUUGUGGUCUAGAGUGAUACCUGACG